AUGUCUGUGCAAAGCCAAAAUCAUAGGGACGCUUGGUUCGCCCCCUUCUUCAAGGAGCUGCUGGCCUCGGUGAAGCCGGUGUUUGGCACGACUGCGGCCACGCCCUUCAUCUUCCCCGGCACUGGGACAGGGGGCUGGGAGGCGGCCCUGUCCAACACCCUCUCUCCCGGCGACCGGGUGGUGACCUUCCGGUACGGCAUGUUCAGCCACCUCUGGAUCGACAUGAUGCAGCGGCUGGGGCUGGAGGUGGAGGUGGUCGAGGGGCGUUGGGGCGACGGCGCUUACGAGGACAAGCUGGCGGACCUGUUGGAGAAGGAUACGUCCAAGGGCAUCAAGGCUGUGUGCGUGGUGCACAACGAGACGGCCACGGGCGUGACCAGCGACAUCGGCCGGAUCAGGGAGACGCUGGACGCUGCCUCGCACCCCGCCCUCCUCAUGGUGGACGGCGUCUCCUCCGUGGGCGCCCUGCCCUUCAAGUUUGACGACUGGAGGGUGGACGUGGCGGUGACGGGGAGCCAGAAGGCGCUGUCCCUGCCCACGGGCCUGGGCAUCGUUGCCGCCUCGGACAAGGCCCUGGAUGCCCGCUCGAGUGCCAAGCUGAAGCGCGUGUACUUCAGCUUCGACGACAUGCUGAAGACCAACAAGAACGGGGGGGUGCCCUACACUCCCAUCCUCCCCCUGCUGCACGGGCUGAAGGCGUCCCUGGGCCUGCUCAACGCGGAGGGCCUGGACAACGUCUUUGCCAGGCACCACAGACUGGCGGAAGGCACCCGUGCGGCCGUCGCCGCCUGGGGCCUGAAGCUGCUGUGCAGGGAGCCUCGGUGGCAGUCGGACACCCUGACAGUCGUGGAGGUGCCCGAGGGCCUGGACUCGCAGAAGAUCGUCGACACCGCCUUUGCCAAGUACAACCUGUCUCUGGGUCUGGGGCUGGCGGAGGUGCAGGGCAAGGUGUUCCGCAUCGGGCAUCUGGGCAACAUGGAUGAGCUGAUGCUGGCUGGCGCGCUGGGCGGCGUGGAGAUGACCUUGCGCGACGUGGGGCUGCCCAUCGAGCUGGGCUCCGGCGUGGGCGCCGCGCUGAAGGUCUGGCAGGAGGGCACGCCCGUCAUUCCCACGCGCGAAUGCCUGAUGGCGUGA